AUGAAUAAGAAGACAUUUCAAAUGUUACAAAUAAUUUCUAUUUCAAUACUGUUCUUCAAACUUUCUGUUCUGUGAAUCCUGAAUACAGACAGGUUUCCACUUUCAUUCAGCAGCACAACUGUUUUCAGCUCUGAUAUCAGCAUAUAAGAAUGAUUUAGAAGGAUUUGACACUGAUGACUGGAGUAACAGGAUUAAACAGCCAUUUAAAAUAUAUUAAAAUAGAAAACAAAUCACAAUAUUACUGUUUUUGCCUAGUUUUGAUCAAAUAAAUGCAACCUUGGUGAGCCUAAACAUAUUUUUAUUAAUCCCAUACUUUUGAACAGCAAUACAUCACAUAUUUCAAAAUGAACUUAAAAAUUUAAGAACAAUACCAGAACAGAUAUUAAUCCUCAGACACAUGUUUAUUUCAGUUGUUACAGGCAGGGAUGAAUUUAAUGAUAACAAUAUUGCAGACGACAGCUGAAGGUUGUUCUGCUGUUACACAAAGUGCUUGUCAUUCAGUUACAGACGACUGCACAAAACGUGCAUACUAAUGAAAACAUUAUAAACUGUUACCUAGAAGUAAACAACUGUAGUUUCGGCAUAAGUCAGCCGCGACGCUGAGAAUAUAGUUAUUUUUUAGGGAAUAAUCCUGACUGAGAUACAAUAUGAACUAAAAUUCCCAGUUGCACGUGCAAUCGCGCAUGUCUGGGAAACUCAUGAAUAUUCAUGUAUGCUCCGCUUUCGGAAACCGAAAAUCUCAGAAACCGAAAAUCUCGUAACACUGGAUCACAUUCAUACUCAACGAGAUUAGUACCUACUCUUUUAGGCUCGUUAAGUAAGUAGGCUACUUAUUGAAAUUAAGUACCUACUCAGUAUAGGCUGUUUGCUUUGCAAAGCCCUUGCCUUUUUUUUUUUUUUUUUUGGAACACGAAAUGUGAAUCCGAAAGUUAUCUGGAAGGAACUUUUUCUGUUAGGUUGCCAGUUUGAGGACACACAACAGGAGUGAGCUCAAUUUACAUUGGAAGGCGAAGAGAGAGAGACUUGCACACUCACUUUUUAGCUUUAGGCCACAUCUUGAAAAUGGCUGCAAGCAAUAGAGGUCUGAUAUUGCAAGAAAUUAAUGGAGAUCUGAAUUUGGUGUUACUGGGAAAAAUAGGAGCUGGUAAGAGUGCUUCAGGAAACACAAUCCUGGGACGACAAGCUUUUGAAUCAAAGGAAAGUUUCACUUCUGUCACACAAGAUCUGGCUGUUGAAUCUGGGACUGUCUGUGGGCGACAGGUCACUGUUUAUGACACACCAGGAUUAUUUAACACAAAGCUUAGUGAAGAAGAGGUUCUGCAGAUUUAUGCAAAUGUUUUUCACAGAUGUGAAUCAGGUCCCUGUGUGUUUCUGCUGGUCAUUGAAGCUGACAGAUUCACUGAAAAAGAGAGAAAAACUGUGGAGAAGAUCGAGAAGCUGCUAGGAGAAAAACGCUUGAAGAAAACCUGGAUUCUCUUCACUGGAAGAGAUGAACUAGAGGAAGAAAACAUGACAAUAGAUGAAUUCAUCAAUGAGACUGAACCAUUGAAGAGACUGGUUCAGAAAUAUGAUCACAGAUACCAUGUGUUCAACAACAAGAACAACGAGACAGGACCUAAUGGACAAGUUCCAGAGCUGCUUUCAAAAAUAGAUGCAAUAGAAAAAGGAGCAAAACCAAAGCAGACUCUAGCCAAGGGGCAAAAACCAAAAGAAAUUCCUAUCUCCAGUCUCUUACCUGAGAGGAUUGCUUUUCUGGAGUUUGAAUCUAUGAUGGGAAUAAGAUCAGCAAUCUGUGAAUGGUCAGAGACACACUCCACUGUUUCAGGCAGAUCUGUGGACACAGCUAAAGGUUGGCUGACCAGAUUGAUUCCUGUCAGACUUAAUGCUCGAGACACCUCCAGACGGAUUGUUCUUCUGAGUAAUACUGGUGUUGGGAAAAGUGCAGCUGGAAACACAAUACUGGGACAGAAAAAGUUUAUAUCCAAAAGGAGUACAAAUUCAGUAACCAGUGAAUGUUCAGAAGCUCACGCCACUGUUUCAGGCAGAUCUGUGUCUGUAGUUGAUACUCCCGGAUUCAUUCACACACACAUGAACACUGAAGAGUUGGCGAUGGAGAUAGCGAGAAGUGUUUAUAUAUCCAGUCCUGGACCUCAUGCUUUUCUCAUUGUGUUUCCUGUGAAUAUGAGAUUCACUGAACAGGAACAGCAGAUUCCUCAGAUGAUUGAGAUGAUGUUUGGUCAGGAGGUGUUAAAAUACUCCAUCAUUCUCUUCACUCAUGGAGAUCUGCUAGAAGGAAGGUCAAUAGAGGAACUUGUUCUGGAGGACAGUGCAUUAAGAGAUCUAGUUUAUCAGUGUGGAGACAGAUAUCACGUCUUCAACAACAGAGAUCAGAGAAACAAAAAGCAGGUGAAUGAUCUACUGCAGAAGAUUGACACAAUGAUAGAGCAGAAUGGAGGAGGACACUACAGUAAUCAGAUGUUUGAAAAUGCUCAGAGACUCGGACUGAGCAGACAGAGAGAGGAAGAGGAGAGUUGGAGAGGAGCAGAAGAGUGGAGCGAACGGCAACAGAACAUACAAAUACAAGAGGCAAUUGAGAAAGCAAUAAAAGACACAGAGGAGAAUAUCAGAGCCGAGUUUGAAGGUUCACCAAGAUUUUUACAAGAAAGACUUAAGACAAUGAGACUGAGAGAGGAAGUCUGGAAACGGCAAGAGGAGGAACGACAGGAGGAGUUUGAGAGAGAAAGGAGAAAGAACAGAGGUAUACUGCCGAGUGUCAUUUACAAAAUGCAAUUACUAAGAAGACCGCGUAUGGAAAGGCAGAGAAAACAACAAGAGGAGAAAGAAAGACAAGAGGAGAUUGAGAGAGUGAUGAAGGAGACAGAGGAGAGAAUCAGAGCAGAGUUUGAAAGUCCACCAAGAUGAUUAUGAGACAUACUUAAAUCAAUGAGACAGAAAGAGGAAGAGAGAAAACUACAAGAUGAAAACCGAAGACGAGUGGAGUUUGAGAGAGUGAGAAAGGAGACUUAGGAAUCACAGUAGUGUUUCAAUGGCCAUCAAGAUUUUUGCUAGAAAGACUGAGAGAGACAGAAGAGAGAAUCGGAGCAAAGUGUGAACCAGAAGCAACAAUGAGAAAAUGGGAAAACUAAAUCAGGAAUGUCUCCUGGAUUCUUUGACCUACUGAUGAAACCAGAGGAGUUAAUAAUGGUGAGGGUGAGAAGUGUCUAUUUAUCCAGUGCUGGAGCUCAUGCUUUUCUCAUUAUGAAAUUAGGAAAAAUUACUGGACGCAGAAUCAAGCAGUGGAGUUCUACCUGUUUUUUCAAGGUUCUGCAUCAUAUAUUAUUUAGUGGAACUAAUGGUGCAGGAGGAAAUCAGAGGAACAUAAGAUUGAGUGAUGAAGACGGGAGAGAAGGGUAUAAUCAGUGAGGAGUAAGAGGAUUCAAUGAUUAAACAAAGGAUGGACUUACUGCACUGCUACAUGCUUUGCCAAGCUGCCAGUUGAUAGUGAGUCUGAGAAACUCCUCAUCAUCAUCACCUUCCUAACUGCUGUGAUCCAACUGGAAAACUCAGGAACAGUACAGUAUAAAACACCUGAACAACUGUAAACAAACAUUUCCACAUCCAGAUGAUGAGACGGCUCUGGAUGGAAGAACAGAACGGUUUCAAUCAGCACUAUUCAACAGUUUAACAUGUCUAAACAUGUUUCCGGCUACAUGAUGAUGACAGGAAAUCAAAUACGCAGAAGCUGAGAGAAGAAAACAGACACAUGGAACAAGAUUGCAAAAGAAUAGGGAUAGGACUCGGGAAGAAAUCAUGUUCAUGGAUGU